CUUUAUUGUAGCAAGAACUACAUCUGGUUCCACCGGUUUCUUGAUUGAAACAUCACGCGUGUCCGAAGGGUCAUAACGCCACUCGUACUAGAUACGUAUUUGGUGUAGUCCCCUCCGCUCCGAUCAGAAUCAUGACUGAUGAUUAUGUAAAGUCACUAUACCCCAGCGCUCGAGAUCUGCUUCUCUUACCGACCAUCGAUCAGCCGAUGAAUUCGGUCGAUUCGUCAGUCUCAUGGUCCAGAUUCAGAACCGGUCCGGGAAGCACGUACUUCUGCGGACUUUUGCGUCGACUUUCGUUAGCGCCACACCGCCGCUGAUCUAAGUACACGAUAUAAACCACCUUACCCCAUUACCUGUUGUUUGAGCUAUCGUGUACAUAUCAUGUCUAUUCCAGGCCUUAUCUGCAAGCGUAUCCUCUCAGAUGACGGAACUCCGAUCUACGCGGAGGCCGUCGGAAACUCUUCGCUGCCAAGCAUUAUCUUCAUUCAUGGCCUUGGACUUUCAUCAAUCGUCUUUGAGAAGCUGUUCCAAGACCGGACCCUGCUGAAUAAUGCCUAUCUUGUGCGCUACGACUUGCGCGGUCACGGCUGGAGUGGAAAACCAGUGAACGCAGAGGCGCACGAGUCCAUUCGCUACGCUCAGGAUUUCAUGGCCGUCGCGGAUGCUUUUAAUCUGAAUAAGCCUUAUCUCUUUGGUUGGAGUCUUGGAGCCACAGUCGCAACGGACGUUUGCCAGCACAUCAGUCCUACCCCUCUGGCCGGCAUUAUAUACGCGGCCCCCCUACCCUACAUCGGCCCCAUUAUGGCAGAGCUAGGGAAGCCAACGAUCGCACCGAUCCGUGAAGGACUGAUGGCCCCCGAUGUUGCGACGGUAAUGGACUCGAAGAUUAAAUUUGUCCUCUCCACAUUUGUGGACCCUGAUGCUGUGGACUAUCCUACCAUCGCUUCAUGGAUCGGUUCCGGCGCCUAUAUUUCUGGGGAGGGCGUAAAACGAGCGAUAACAAGACCACAAAAUCCUGCUGGCCUUUAUGCCGCUGGUAAGGCCGGAUUACCACUUCUUUUUCUUUAUUCGCACGAAGAUGCCCAGCUCGAUAACGAGGUCGCUGUCAAUGAAGUCGGUUGUUUCUUUGAGAACAAGAAAGUCAUUGUAAUUCCACGGAGCGGCCAUGCAGUGUUUCACGAUAAUCAAAGCCGUGUCGUGGCUGAAAUUAUUUCUUUUAUCGGAGGAAAGACGGCGCAUUAGAUACCUAUCUGCGGCACUUCCAUAGAACAGACCUAGCGUGUAACGAACGGUAAUGGCCGAGUAGGAGAGGAUUUGGGCGCUAGUUACGCAGCCUCCGCCUGGAGUCAUUGAAUAGAUUUUGCAUGUGCAUUCACUGCCACAGAAUAAAGAAAAUCAGUCAGAGAUUUUGCA